AUGAUAUAUCCCACGCAACACCACGGGGCGUUCGAAAAGGGCAACGAGACUCCUGGUUAUGACCACAGCAAGGAAGCCGUGUUCAAGGCCUGCGGGAAGACGUUUAAGUAUGCUAAGACUUCCCUUUACGUCUUCGACGAGCUGAACCCUGUCCGCGUGGCCUGCGUUAAGACCAUUGCCCACCCGUGGUUUGAUCGCUUUAUCCUGUUCCUCAUCGUCCUGAACUCCUUCGUGCUGGCGCUGACGGAUUGGUCUGUGAUAGACGACGAUCCUAACUCGCCAGAUGUGGGGGAGCCCAUCGAUGACGGCUCUUGGCGAAAUGCACUUCUGUUUGAGUCGGAGGCAGUGUUUACCGCCUUUUUCACGCUGGAGUUCGUGCUCAAGGUCAUCGCGCAAGGGUUCUAUCUUGGGCGAGGAUCAUACCUGCGAGACUCUUGGAACAUCCUAGACUUCAUGGUGGUGGUCACGGCGCUUAUGACAAGUAUACCCGGGAUGCCGAAAAUGACGGCAAUCAGGGUUUUUCGGGUGCUGCGACCACUGAAAAGCAUUUCUGCGCUGCCCGGGCUGCAGAAGUUGGUGGUGGGCAUGCUUAGGUCUGUGCCACAGCUGGUAAGUGUGGUGAUUCUUCUCCAAUUUAUCUUCACGGUGUUCGGCAUCUUUGGGAUUCAGAUCUUCGCGGGCAAGCAGCACUCUCGGUGUCGUCUUACUCCGUUCCCAGUCAACAACAGUUUUGAGGUCGGGAUGAACUACGCGGAUUACCGAUGCCUCUCUGUGAGCAACUUCGACGUGGUAGACGACGAGCCUUCGUGGACACAGAGCACUAGUCCCUGGGCCACGCCUCGCGAGUGUUGGUGGCCGAUAGACUCGGAGGACGAGCGGCUUUGCACGUCCAACUCGGGUUCGGGCAAGCACAAGUGCGAGCAUGACGAGAGAUAUAUGAACUUGAGCGAGUUCAGGUGGUGCGGGAGCAACUACGAUGCACUAGGCAACCCGCGCUUUGCGGGCGGGAUGAUCGAGGGGGUGGAGUGGGGAUCCGGGAGGUUGACGGACAACGCAACCUUCGUGCAGAGUCUGAACUGGGGCUAUACGAAUUUCGACAACAUCUUCGUCGCUUUCUUGACUAUCUUUCAGAGCAUCACCAUGGAGGGAUGGUCAGACAUACUUUAUCAGAUAAAGGAUUGUAGCCUUCCUAUCCUCGGAGACGUCUUCUUCAUCAUCCUUAUCCUGUGGGGGUCGUUCUUCACUCUCAAUCUACUCCUGGCUGUGCUGGAGGGGAACUUCACCAAGGGCAAGGAAGACGACAAGGUGAUGAGCCUAAUGUUCACUGGCGACUACAUUUGCAGUUGUAGACACAAAGCCACGGUCGAUCCGCUAUCAGUUGCUUCAUUGCGGUAG